AUGUUAAUGUUUCAUUUGACAGGUUUUCCUAAAAUAUUUCAGAGAUUUAGGAAAGACGUGUCUGAAAUAAAAUUAGAUAGGAUGACCUAUCACAGUUUCUAUCCGGGAACCCCAAUCUCAGUACAAACAGAAGAAAGUUGGCUUCAAGACUUGUCUCGCAAAAAGCAGUCUGAGCAGAGAGCAUCCACUGUAAUGAAGACAACUGAACCUGUAAAUCUGGCUUCUAAGUUAAGAGAAAAAUGGGUAAUUAAUCCAGAAGAGCCAAAACUAAAUAUUUUAUGUGAGCUAGAGUUUAAGGAAGACUUCGUAACACUGUUUGAGCCUUCUCUGAGAACAUUACCCAGCGUCGGGCCACCAUCCAUUCUGGCAUUCAAACAUGAGAGUUACAAUUUAGGCAUUAUCUUCAAGGAAGAAGAGGAGGAGAUAGUGCCCAAGUGUGAAUUUUGUGGGAGCAAUCUAAGAGCAUUUCUUUCCAGUGUGGAUGUUUACUCUCAACCAAUAGGAUAUGCCCCCUGUUGUAGUUAUUUCCAAAAUCUGCUCGAACACAUCUAUGAGGAAAAACAAGAAAGCCAAAGCUCUAAAGCUGAAUUAAUCUCCAUCAAGCCUCAUGCAGGCUAUGGCAGUGAAGUUGACAGACUCAAAGAACAGGAAAAAGCCUUGAGGAGAAAACAGGAGCAAAAAAUAGCCAAAUAUUUGGCAAUAAUAACAAAUGAACACACUAGUUCCCCUGAAGAUGAUUCAAAGCACUUGAAAACAAUUUCUUAUCAACUUUCCGUGGAUAUUCCAGAAAAAGAUAUAACUGAUGACAGACCAUUUGAUUUUCAACUAGAUGAAAGAAAUAUAUCCAUUGUGUGCUGUGAUUCUAGGAUAGCAUGUGGAAAGAAUAGCCAAAGUCCAUUAAUUAGAACAACUCGAAUGACCUUAUCUGAUCUCAGCUACCCAUCUGGAAACCUCGCCAUCAUCCGAGUGCCCAACGAGAUAAAUGGCUUCACGUGUAUAGUCCAAGAAGACAUGCCCACUAACCCCGCAAUCCUGGCAGUGCUGGAUUCUUCUGGAAGAAGUUCCUGCUACCAUCCAAAUGGAAAUGUCUGGGUAUACAUCAAUAUCUUGGGAGGUCAAUAUUCAGAUCAAGCUGGCAACAGAGUACGAGCUUGGAAUUGGUCAAGUUCUGCCUCUCCCUCACCCUUUGUUUCAUUUAAGCCUGUCUUUCUGGCUUUGAACCAUUAUAUUGGAAUUCGCAUCUUAGAACAAGACAAGAUUUCAAUCACUUUUCUAGCAAUGGGCCAACAGGCAAGAAUCAGUUUUGGAACCAAAGUGAAGCUACCAAAACCUGAGGAGAUUCCGGUUCUCCGACACUUGAACGGGGAUGACCUUCUUCUGCUGGCCAGUUUAAUAAAGAUCCGACGCCUGUUUCAUAAACUUGAAGGAUGUGUGAAUUUUCCCUCCAGCCAGAUGUGGGAAAAAUUUAAGCAACCUUCCUACCUUUCUUCACUUUCUCUAAAACUAAUUGCCCUUUGUAACAAUUCCGGUAUAAAGCAAGAUACAAUAACAACAAUAGCAGCGAUAAUAAAUGAAAAAAUUUAA